GGUUACAGAGAGUGUGGGCGAGGAGAAUCCAACCUCUUCACCACCAGCUCAACUACCUCCUCCAACUUCAACAACAAUAACGACAACAGCAGCGAAUCAUUACAUAUAUUUGGCCUUCAAUCAAAAGUGGAAUGAGGUUGAACUUUUGUUUGAAGAUGAUCUUCUUGAAGAACAUCAGGUCUCAACUUGUGGUUCUGAUCAUUAUCGCCAUUUUCAUCUGGUGCUACAAGUUUGACAACAUUGUUCCACUCGCUACGAAACAAGUCUGGCUGGCAUACUCAGACAGCCAUUCUCACUUUUCAAACAUCUUACCCUCAUCUCCAGAGGAACCCUCAUCAGUGACAAUGAACGGGAGUACCGGGUUUGCUGCGGAAGAGGCCGAGACAAUAGAUCUCACGAAAAUGACUCAAUUGCCUCAGAAAUGCGAUUGCAAAAUGAAAAUGAGGAGGAGCCACUCACACACAGUACAGCAGCUGGACUUGGCGUUACCUCUGUUCAACUUAAGUACUAAGGAAUAUUUGAUUAAACGUCACCCGAACUUGCCUGUGGAUUUCUUACACAAGGUGAAUAAGGAAGGAAGCUGCAGCCUCUUACCUUCACUUUUCAGCAUACAGUGGGUGAACAUUCACUGGCAGGAAGUGCGGGUUAACACCAGUACCAUGUUACUCUACUCAGCCUUCUACGACCCCAACCCAGGAGGAAAGCCGUGUGUGAGGUUGCUGGGAGUCACCAGAAGCACCAAGCCUCCCGCUGGUUGGUGUCACCUCUGGUUCAACACACAACAACCACCAGUCGUCACCAGGAUCACCAACACUGACUAUCUGGAUUACCAAACAAGAAACAGCGACCGCCAGAUGCCCUUCCUUUUUACUUGUCCCCUUCCGCCUAAGGUGGCUCACCUUCAACCAGCUGCCGUCUCCCUCGUCCACCAACCCUGCCAACCUGCCACCACCCUCCUCCAGGUGGUGGGAGCCAAGGAGAGAGAGACCUCAGCUUUCCUCAAUGGACAAAAACCCUUCGACCCAGUGAGAGCAGUGAAGGGGUGGGUACCAGCUGUGUGUGGUCCAGCUCUCUACUAUUACCACGAAGACUUCUCCAAGAGAAUGGUGGAGUGGCUGGAGAUCCUGAGGGCGGAGGGCAUUGGUAAAGUGUUCCUCUACGUUACUGACGUUCAUCCUAACUUGGAGAAGGUCCUCAAGUACUACGAGGAUGACGGCUUCCUUCACCUCACUGGUUACUCCUACCCACCACCAUAUAUCAACGAGCCAAGUCUUCGUAGGUUGUGGACUCUUGUGGAGCGGAGUAAAAUGUUCGCCCAGGAGAACAUCUACUUCACUGACUGUCUCCUGCGACACAUGCACCAGUACCGCUUCAUCGCUCACUACGACCCUGAUGAGAUCCCGUUCUUGUUUAAGCACGACAAUUACACCCUCUUCCUUGACCAUCUGCUGGCGACGUAAGUCGCCGUUUUAUCUUAAUGAGCUAAGAGA